CUCGGCGCAGGCGGAGAGAGCUCAGUGUGAAGCAGACUCAACCCUCCAGCUCCACUCGUACUGCUGACAUCUCUCAGCGAGCGAGUACAACCAGGGCCCCGUCACCCUGUCCUGACUUCGAAAUCUACAUAAGAUCUACAGACGCGUUAGGAUAAGACAACGGUGCAGCACUAAUAUAUAUAUAUAUUAAUAUAUAUAUAUAUCACAAUUCAGAAGGCUUAGGUCAGCUGUAGGGACGCAGUCACCUCUAGAGCAAGAUGUUAGAUCCGUCGUCCAGCGAGGAGGAAUCUGAUGGGAUAGUGGAGGAGGAAUGCAAGGAGACGAGGGCACCCCAGGCCGGAUCCCGCAUCUCACCGAGCAGGACCAGCGAAAGCUCGGGUGGACUCGCGCCCAGCAGCAGCCGCAGCAGUGCCCGUCCGACUAGCCCGAGCCCGUCGGCCGUCAGCGAGGAGAAGGAGGAUCUGGAGAAGCUGCAGAGGGACGAAGAGGACCGUAAAAAGAAGCUGCAGCUCUAUGUGUUUGUGAUGCGAUGCAUUGCUUACCCAUUCAAUGCAAAACAGCCCACAGACAUGGCAAGGCGACAGCAGAAGAUAACCAAGCAGCAGCUUCAGCAGACCAAGGAUCGUUUCCAGGGCUUCCUCAACGGAGACACACAAAUUGUGGCUGAUGAGGCGUUCAUUAACGCUGUGCAGAGCUACAAUGAGGUGUUCCUGAAGAGUGACCGUGUGGCCAAAAUGGUCCAAAGUGGCGGCUUCUCGGCCAACGAUUUCAGGGAAGUGUUCAAGAGGCACAUCGAGAAGCGCGUGCGCAGCCUCCCGGAGAUCGACGGCCUGAGCAAGGAGACCGUCCUCAGCUCCUGGAUGGCCAAGUUUGACACCAUCUACCGCGGCGACGAGGACCCGCGCAAGGCACAGCAACGCAUGACGGCGAGCGCGGCCUCUGAGCUCAUCCUCAGCAAGGACCAGCUGUACGAGAUGUUCCAGAACAUCCUGGGCAUCAAGAAGUUUGAGCACCAGCUGCUUUACCAAGCCUGUCAGCUGGACAACCUGGAUGAGCAGGCUGCACAGAUCAGAAGAGAACUGGAUGGACGUCUUCAGAUGGCAGACCAGAUUGCCAGGGGUGGGAAGUUCCCCAAGUUUGUGUCCAAAGAGAUGGAGGCCAUGUACAUCGAGGAGCUCAAGUCUUCAGUGAAUCAGCUGAUGGCCAACCUGGAGAGCAUGCCCGUGUCCAAGGGCGGAGAGUUUAAACUCCAGAAGCUGAAACGGGGACACAACACCUCCAUCAUCGACAUGGGCCAGGAGGACGAGAACACACUGUCCAAGUCUGACGUGGUUCUUUCCUUCACUUUGGAGGUGGUGAUCAUGGAAGUGCAGGGGCUGAAGUCUCUGGCUCCCAACCGGAUUGUCUACUGCACCAUGGAGGUGGAGGGAGGCGAGAAACUCCAAACCGACCAAGCGGAAGCAUCCAAACCAACCUGGGGGACCCAAGGGGACUUCACCACCACACACCCUCUGCCUGCUGUCAAGGUGAAGCUGUUUACAGAGAGCACGGGGGUGCUGGCACUGGAGGACAAAGAACUGGGCAGGGUCGUCCUCCACCCAACCCCGAACAGCCCCAAGCAGUCAGAGCUUCACAAGAUGACUGUGACCAAGGCUUGUCCUGACCAAGACCUGAGGAUCAAACUGGCCAUACGUAUGGACAAACCACAGAACAUGAAGCACUGCGGGUAUCUGUGGGCUUUUGGCAAGAACGUCUGGAAGCGCUGGAAGAAGCGUUUCUUUGUUCUCGUGCAGGUGAGUCAGUACACGUUCGCCAUGUGCAGCUACAGAGAGAAGAAGUCCGAGCCACAGGAACUUCUCCAGCUGGACGGUUACACUGUGGAUUACAGUGACCCCCAGCCAGGCUUGGAUGGUGGCCGGGCUUUCUUUAACGCGGUAAAGGAGGGUGACACUGUGAUCUUUGCCAGUGACGAUGAGCAGGACCGCAUCCUGUGGGUCCAGGCCAUGUAUCGCGCCACCGGCCAGUCCCACAAGCCCGUCCCACCCACUCAGGUCCAGAAACUUAACUCUAAAGGGGGCGCCUCAGCCCAAAUGGACGCGCCCAUUUCUCAGUUCUCUGGACUCAAGGACGCUGACAGAGCUCAGAAACAUGGCAUGGAUGAGUUUAUCUCCGCUAACCCCUGUAGCUUUGACCACGCCUCACUUUUUGAGAUGGUGCAGCGGCUCACGUUGGACCACAGGCUCAUUGACACCUUCUGUUGCCUGGGCUGGUUCAGCCCAGGCCAGGUGUUUGUCCUGGACGAGUACUGUGCCAGGAACGGCGUUCGAGGUUGCCACAGGCAUCUGUGUUACCUGCGUGACCUGCUGGAGAGAGCAGAGAGUGGGGCGAUCAUUGACCCCACUCUUCUUCACUACAGCUUCGCUUUUUGCGCCUCCCAUGUCCAUGGGAACAGGCCAGACGGGCUGAGCACAGUGAAAGUGGAUGAGAAGGAACGCUUUGAGGACAUCAAAGAGCGGUUGCGCGUGAUACUGGAGAACCAGAUUGUCAAUUUCAGAUACUGUUUCCCCUUCGGUCGUCCAGAGGGUGCACUGAAGGCCACUUUGUCUUUGCUGGAGAGGGUCCUGAUGAAGGACAUCGUGACUCCAGUUCCCCCGGACGAAGUGAAGGGAGUCAUCCGCAAAUGUUUGGAGCAGGCGGCUCAGCUCAACUACCAGCGGAUUACAGAAUAUGCUAAAAUUGAAGGGAAAAAGAGGGAAAUGUAUGAGCACCCUGUCUUCUGCUUGGCGUCUCAAGUGAUGGAUUUAACCAUCCAGAACGUAGGCCGCUUAGUCACACCUGCCAAAAAGCUGGAGGAAACAAUUCGCCUGGCGGAGUUAGUCAUAGAGGUCCUCCAGCAGAACCAGGAACACCAUGCGGAGGCGGCAGUCACAAGUUCUGGAGAUCAAUCGCAGGGAAAAGAGGCGUUUGCGUGGUGGACGGACCUCAUGGUGGAGCACGCAGAAAACUUCUUGGCCCUCUAUGCCAUCGACAUGGACGCCGCUCUGGAGAUCCAAUCACCCGAGAGCUGGGACAGUUUUCCUCUCUUCCAGCUACUCAACGACUUCCUCCGGACAGACUAUCACCUGUGCAAUGGAAAGUUCCACAAACACCUGCAGGAUCUGUAUGCCCCUCUGGUGGUUAGAUAUGUGGAUCUGAUGGAGUCCUCCAUCGCACAGUCAAUUCACAAGGGCUUUGAGCGAGAGUCCUGGGAGCCUGUAAAGAGUUUAACAAGUAAUCUGCCCAAUGUGAAUCUACCAAAUGUCAACCUCCAAAUUCCCAAAGUACCAAAUCUGCCAGUGCCAGUAGCAGGACUAUCAGUUAACCUUCCACAAAUGCCUAGCUUUUCUACCCCGUCAUGGAUGGCUGCUAUAUAUGACUCUGACAACGGCUCCGGGACAUCGGAGGAUCUCUUCUGGAAGCUGGACGCCCUCCAGACUUUCAUCAGGGACCUGCACUGGCCCGAGGAGGAGUUUGCCAAACACCUCGAGAGUCGCAUCCAGCUCAUGUCGAGCAACAUGAUCGAGAACUGCGUCAAGCGCACCAGGAUGGCGUUUGAAUCCAAGCUGACAAAGAGCAGCAAGUCCACAGAUUUCCGCAUUUCUCCAUCCUUAUGCACUAUGUUCAACGUGAUGGUAGAUGCCAAGGACCAAUCAGCCAAAUUGUGCGCUAUGGAGAUGGGCCAAGAGAAACAGUUCCACUCCCAAAUAGACGAGCUGAUAGAGGAGAGCGUGAAGGACAUGAUCCAGCUCCUGGUCGCAAAGUUUGUUGCCAUUCUGGAAGGCGUGUUGGCGAAGAUUUCCAGAUAUGAUGAAGGCACUCUCUUCUCCUCGUUCCUCUCCUUCACGGUGAAAGCUGCCUCAAAAUAUGUGGAUGUACCUAAACCUGGCAUGGACGUGGCUGACGGCUACGUGACCUUUGUCCGCCACUCUCAGGAUAUGCUUCGUGAUAAGGUCAAUGAGGAGGUGUAUAUAGAAAGGUUAUUUGAUCAAUGGUACACUGCCACCAUGAACCUGCUGGGGACCUGGCUCACUGAACGGAUGGAUCAGCAGCUCCACGUCUACCAGCUCAAGAUCCUGAUCAGGAUCACAAAGAAAAAGUACAGGGACUUUCGACUGCAGGGCGUCCUCGACUCCACCCUGAACAGCAAGAUGUACGAGACCGUGCGCACCAGGCUGACCGUGGAGGAAGCCAGCGCGUCAGUGAGGGAGGGAGGAAUGCAGGGCAUCUCCAUGAAGGACAGCGACGAGGAGGACGAAGAGGACGACUAGAGCCUGUGCACUGACACUGCAGCCCCCCCUUUUCCCCUUCCCCCAAAACUCCUCACCCUGAACCCCCCUUUAACACUUUUGACUUUAGCCUGGUUACCGAUGCAUGUACCAACUCAGAUAGCCACUCUAGGACCUCUUUGUCAGCUCGAAAAAUGCCUAUGAAGGAACUAUUAACUAUAAAAAAAAAAUAGUAACUUAUACGGAAAAAUCAAAAUCAAAAAAAAAAAUGUUUAAAAAAAUAAAAUAAAAAUAACCACGAUUGGCAGUUUAGCUGUGUCAUGAUAAAGAUAGCACCUAUCUUUGUUUCAUUCAUUUCUGAAACCAUUCCUAUGUGUUACUAAGCAAUAUGGAGAACCAUUUGUUUGAAAAUGUUGAGUGAGAUUAAUAGGUGUGUCCCUGUCCAAUGCAAACCUAUAUGGCGCUUCUUUGUCGUAUUCUACAUUCAUUAAUGGUUACACUGUCGUGAUGAAGAGUGUGUGCGUGUGCGUGCGUGUGUGUGUGUGUGUGUGUGCGUGCACCCUUUCCUUUGUCUUGUCUGUUUUUAAGUGAAUGCCAACUGCUUCAAACUGAAAAUAAAAACCUCUGUAUUUGUUUACGGCUGUUCCAGACAAACUGUCGUCUAACUCACUGUUAUCAACAUCAACAGUCGGUCGAGACCUGCAUUUUUACCAUGUGUCAAUGCUAUGUGAUUUCAUCUCAGUUACUAAUUAGACGCAGGUUCAACAGGAGCCAUGAACUUCAACAAGUGGGUAUUCUAGAGAUGCAAUAUUCUCAUAGCUCCAUUUUGAUAACUUGGGAGAUUCUAUUUUUAUUUCAACAUUCAAAGGCCUUGAAACAGGUUCUAUUUUAAUUGAGUUGCACUUUUACAGAGAAAAGAGCAAAAUAAGUAAUUUUUUUUAUUGAUAAAAAAAAAAAGAGAAAAAAGAAAAAAGGUUGGUCUGUCUUUGUUCUGUAAUUGUGUAGAAUGAGAUGUCAGGCAUUUGUUUGGGUGUCAAUGUUGUUUUGUAUAUAUUAUAUAAAUAUAUAUAAAUAUAAAAUGCUGUACAUUGCAUUCUGAGCCAUUGCUGCAUGCCCGUGGGUUCCCACCCUCCCCAGAUGCUUUUUGUUUUUCCGUGUGAAUUAGCUGGUGGAUUCAUUCUUGCUUUUGCCUUAUGAACGCCAACAGUUGUAAUAUGCAAGAGCUGUGGCCUCGAAAUAAAAAAUACUGUACAUGUGCA